GAUAGUUUAUUAGCUUUAUUCUCUGAAGACAUUUUGCGAUGCGAUUUGUUGAAAUUCGACCAUUUACAGCCAGUUCCAUUCUCGCACGUCCAAAAGAUAACUGUCAAAAAUACUUCACCUCUCCUUCCGCAUACAUCUAAAAACGCUAAAAACGCUUUUCACCGCAAACCCACCCACACAACCCACUCGCCAGCAAGGAUAACGGAGCCAAAGCAAAAUCUUCGAUGACAUCAGACUUUUGCUUUAGAACGAGCGGAAAGGAUACUCUCAACGAGGAACAGGACUUUCAGUCGGGUCCGAGAGAGAGAAUCGUAAUGUUGUAAAGUGGGUAAUCGUCAUCAGUGCCAUCGGAGUGAGUUCGUGUGAAGGACUAUUGUGCAGUGCGGUCGAGCUACAUUUUCGAGUGUGCCGAGGAAAAUUCCAUAAUUUGCCAUCCUGUUGGCCCUGUCCGAGAACCAAACUGGUUGGUGAUGAACGUUCAAACGGUGGAGCGACAGUUGCCGUAUUGCGAUCACCCCGUUCGAAUGGCCAACCGAACGAAAAACUGCCAGGAUUCGAGGGUUCCUCCAUUGGGUCAGAAGAAUUUUUCUCGAUGCUAGUGGAAUCAUUUUUGCACCAGGAAUUCCACCAGCAGUAGACGAGAGAGCAGUGAGAGCGACUGGACAACAACGACGGAGAGCAGUGGGAAAGUGCGAGAAAGAAUUCCACCAGUAAGGACUAAGAAGAGCAGCAUAACUUAUGGAGGAAACCCUGGAAGGAAAUCGGAAUGCAUCCUGAAUAAAUAAUUUGACAGAUCCCGCGGAGCAGAUAGAAGACAAGAUAUUCCAAGUAGAAAAAAAAAUCCUCUACGCUUUCGAAUCCCACAUUUGCUAGUUGCUAAGUAGCGUUUAUAUUAACAAAAUUCGAGGGUCCAGCCAAAGCAAGUAUGAUCGAUGAAGUCGUGUAUCGAAUCAUACAGUUCUUCUCCACCGGGUUGGUGGAGAAAAUUAUCAAAGCGUUUUUGGUUUUGUGCGAUCGCUUUGUAAACUUCGUCCUGUCCUUAUGUGAAGGGAAUAAUUACAAAAAGAAAGACGAAACCGUAGACGUUCUGUACAGUAGCGGUAAUUUUCUCGUCAUUAACAAAAAACACGAUCUACUCAUUAACUCGAACGAUACGAAAAAGAAAACGGUUCAAACCAUCAUGCGAAAGCAGUUUCCCGAGUACGUGCAGGACAAUCUGACGCACGAUUUCUAUUUUGCCCAUCGGUUGGACUUUGCCACCAGUGGGAUUCUGUGCAUUCCGCUGAAUAAGAACGCCUGCAAGGAGGUCUGUCAGGUGUUCGAGGAGCAACGGGCUCGGAAGUACUACCUGGCGUUGCUGCGAGGUCAUACAGACUUUGACGACGAAGUAAUCGACAUUGCAAUUGGCGAGGACAUCCGAUUCAAGGACACCAGCAAGAAGAUGUGCACUAUCCUAGAGGAUGAACUGUGCCAAAAUCCUCGCCGCAGCAUCACCAAAGUGUUGGUGCUCGACCGAGGCUACUACAAUGGGAAACCGGUCACCAAAGUGCUCUUGCGGCCUAUCACUGGUCGGCGGCACCAGCUGCGGCUACACUGUUCCCAGAUCGGGCACGUGAUCGUCGGGGACUAUACGUACAGUCUCAAAAUCGACACGUCGCCGCCGCGUAUGUUUCUCCAUGCCUUCCGCCUAGUGCUGCCCAAUUCGUUCGAAAAUAUCGACAUCCAAACGGACGACCCGUUCACGGAGAAGGCACUCAAGUACAAGUGGAAGGUCGUCGAGCAGGUAAACGCUGUUGGGAACGCGUUCGAUCUGAUAGAUUCUUUUUAACAUUUGUGGGAACCAUGUAGUUACCAACUGCGUAGGACUCGCACCUUUACGUUUCGACUGGAGCAGUUUCGUCGGCGGUUAAAUGUAAAUAUUCGAUCGAUUUCGCGAAUUUACUCGCUUUAGGUUCUAGCGUCGUCCUCGUCUCGCUACUGGAAGAGGAAAAGGCUGCGGCCCGGUGUGCCUCGGCGACGGAAAGCAUCGACGACAAUCCAUGGGCGGGAAUCCGGUACAGAGCGGGGACGGCCCGGUUAGAUUUUCCCUGAAUUCGCGAAACUCUUUACCUAGUAACAUUUAGACGUAUUAUGUAAAUUAUGACGAGCAGGCUGACGCGUGGCGUGAGCAUGGCAAACGCGUGCCCAAGACGAAAAUCGCAACUUACAUGCAACAUUUUUAGGAAGAUAGGUAUGGUACCGGAGAAUGCCUACAUCCCUCCACGUUUCGGGCGGGUAGCGUACAAGGUCGAACGUUUAGUGAUAGAAGCGUAGCGAGGGUACCAACAGAAAAAAAAACACAUUUCAAGAGAAACCGGGAAUGAACUGUGAGGAAACAUAUUGAAGGGACUUGUUCAGCCAUAUUCACACUAAUAAACUUUAAUAACUAGUUACACAUUUGAUCUUAUAAUUAGUUGAAGUUUAGAAGUAUUUACUUAAAGAAUGAAUACAAAAGUCCUUUAGAUAACUGGAAGGUGUGUCGAUGGAAGACACAGAGACAAAAAUAGAUAGUUAUUUAAUUUCGGAAAUAAUUACGGAGUUGCUGGUGACUGUUUUGGGGAGCUGCACAAGCCUUCUCUCAAUUUAGAAGAAUUUUCAAUGAUGGUUGUUUUUUUUUGCUAGAUUGAAUGUAGUAGUGGAACAGAUUGAUAGUCAUCAAAAUUAUUCUAAAUUUUCGCGCCAAUUAAUAUAAGUUCAGCUAAAUUAACCUGGGUCAACCAAGGCAAGGCACCCCGAUUGAUGCAUAUGGCCGAAUUGAUAUCUCGCUUAACUUUUCAAAAGGGCUGUAACAUUUUUUCAUGAAUUAAUUUGAAUAUUGCAAUCAACAGACCAAAAUGAAAGAUUUUGAUUGCAGUACUCAAAUUAAUUCAUGAAAAAAAUGUUACUCAGGUCCUUUUGAAAAGUUAACCUUGGCCGGCUUCACGUUUUAACCUGUUGCCAGGUUAGAUUUUUUUCGACUUCUUUCUUUGUGAAGGCAAUUCCGCCACAAAUCACUGGUUCUGAAUCUGGGUCACAACCUAACGCUUGUUUGCAGAUGUUGUUUGCGCCCACCAUGUAAGGUGUGGCCGACGAUGACGGAGACACUGACGGUGGAGAUCGUUGUAUGAGAUCCGAUUAUUAGGAUCGAAUUAUGUGCAGCAAUUAUCGUUUGAUUAGUGUGCUCCGCUGAUACACACCAUGUUUCACAAAAAUUGGGUCUUAGCGCGUUGACUAAUAUAUCUGUUCUUCGAAAUGUUUUUUUAAUUCGCAAUGGCAGCCUUUGGCUUCCAAACUGUUGUAAAUUGCGGAAUAGAAAUUAGCAACACCGCCGCUUGGACAUAAUGGGGCGCUUGAUCAACUAGCUUAACCUUCUAUUGGACAUUUGAUUCGACUAUUCCUAUAUUGAUUUGUUUUCCCUCGCCCAAAUAGGGAGACUAUGAAACUGCCCACACUGUCACCAGCAGCUACCUCAGCCAUUGUAUAUUGUUGAAUUGAAUCAUUGAUGAUCGCCAGUCGCGAAGGAAGAUGAAACGAUUCCGUUUCCGCGAGACAUUUGAACGUCUCGGCAAGUCGCUGAACUACCAACCAAUCAGUGUAACAAAUUUCAAUUUAGACUAGAAAACUUAUUCAACGCAAACGGACAAAGUUAUUUAAUGACAAACCUUGCAAAAAACAUGUAUCGCCCAGCACUAAUCUUUUUGUAGGAAAAAAAGUCCAAAGAAAACGAAGGCAGACAGCGUGUCUCGAGCCAACAAAAAAAGUUUAUCCGAACUUUAGAAUGGAACGGAACAGUUUCUAGAUAAAAAAAACGAUAAAUCGCUCCUCUUUUCACUUGUAAAACUAUUCAAGAUGCUUAGGAAAAUCGAGCUGCAAAAAUAUUUUUGUUUGGCAUUCGAUUCGAACUUAACUUUUGGCGUUAUCGGUUUACGAAUUAUGCGUAGUAAUGAAAUGCCUAAAUAGAAGAAAAUCCAGAGUAAACGCAGAAACAAUAGGAACUUAUAGACAUUCAGAGAAGCAGUUGGUAAAGUUUCACCUAUUACAAGUUGGUCGUUGAGUUCAUUGUUCUGUAUUCGAUUUAAGUUGGGUUAAAAAAUAAAAAUUGCUUUGAGCUGCCGCCGGAACAAGCAAGAUGAAGCCAGUUUACGAGUUCAACCUUUAUCAGACAUGCGCACGUUAAUCAGUACUAAAGCUAUUAAGGUCCUCUGGUCGUGCUGUGGGGAAUUGACACGAUUUUUCCUCUACGACGUGAGGAUCGGUUUUAAGGAUUUACUAUGGAAUCACGUUCUAAUUCAAUAUGGCCAAUGCCUGAAUUCUUUGCCACACUGCCAAUUUACUGUUACUUUACCGAGUCUUUUAUGAAAAAGAAAGCGUUGGAGAGCACAUGUAUCAAGACCAAGACGGAAAGGACAACUCAGGAAAGCUAUUCGUGUGGAGGAAGCGCGGCAGCUUGAAUCGCUCAACUGGUUUAAUAAUUAACCGUUCCUAGUUUGAUUAGAUUUUUCUUCCGUUUUGUGCUGUUUCUUAACUUAAUCACAAAAGCAAAUAUUUACAUUUACACUGUUGUCAAUCGACGGAGAUCAUUCCAAAAGGCUACAGAACGACUCCUUCGAAGGAUAUUGUUAAAAGCUUAUACGAAAACACAAAUACGAAAAUCCUUUCACAGACACAACCCAACACAUCCACACACAUACAUUUGUUGAAUGGAACCAAUCUCUUUAUCUGCCUGGUGAAAUAAAAAAAAAGUAACAAACAAGCAGGAACAAUAGUAGUACUUUCGUCAAAGAGCAAUUGUACGUAAAACCAAAAGAAAAAUGUAAAGAACUGACGAUUUCUUUAUUGUUUGAUUAUCAAAAACAUCAAAAAAGAGAACAUAACGGAAAAAUAAAUAAUGCUUUUUUGAAGUCAUUGAA